UUCCUCGUGAUUUUUUUCUAGGGUUUUUAGCUGGGAGCGAUGCUUGCUAAAAGCAUAGUGCCGAUCGAUAGAUGGAAAGCUGCGCUGGCGCCAAUGUGUAUGCAUUUCAGUCGCCAAGCGAAAUCUUCAAGCGAUGGCGCAGCAUUGGCAUACACAACAAUCUCGUCCAGGGUUUCUUCGCAGUGCGAGAUCAAACGAAGUAAGUUCAUCACCACAGCAGCUCCAGUGGACAACGAACAAGGCGCAUUGGCAUUCCUCUCCGAGGUCUCGGAUCCACGCGCAACUCACAAUUGCUGGGCUUACAAGAUCAAAGAACGCUAUCGUUUUAGCGAUGAUGGAGAGCCUGGAGGAACGGCAGGACGGCCAAUCUAUGCUGCCAUAGAAAAUUCUGGUGUGGAUGGAGUUAUGGUCGUUGUCACGAGGUACUUUGGUGGAACGAAGCUUGGAACUGGAGGACUCGUUCGAGCUUAUGGAGGAAUCGCUGCUGACUGCCUCAAAGACGCACCGACGCACAUUGUCAAAGCAAAGAUCUCCCUGGUUCUCAAGUUUGGGUUUGAUCAUCUUGGAGCUGUGUACCCUCUUCUUCAGCUUCACGGAGCCGAGAACAUUAAAGAAAGCUAUGACGAAGACGAUGAAAGUAGCAGUGUAGAAAUCCAACUCUGGUCGAUGCUGGUAGAGCUGACGAACUUGAGAGCUCUCUCACCAAUGCAUGCAGAGCCUCGAGGCAUCACAAUUCGAUGAGCUACAACAACCAAAUCCUAGAGGAAAAGCGGUCUGCAAUGGGUAGCACGGUCCAAGCUGGUAUGCAAGCACUGGGCUCGCAUGCUGGAUGAUCCGAGUUUCAGGCUCCUGUGGAGACAAAAUGGUCACUCUCAAACAAAAACCGUGUUGUUACUGCACCACCGACUUGAUGAACCUACUCGGUACUUGCGAUAUCAUCUUCCAGCUGGCCUCGAAAUGAACCAGUCAUAAAAGAGCUGCCGGAUUCUUGGGAGUCUUGAAGCUGGGGGCGAGGUUGGAGUGCUGUUCACACGUAAUUCUAAAGCUGCCGUCGCGGUACUGGACAGAGAAAAUCACCCUUGGACAUGGAAAGAGGUGGCAACUUUAGAGGGUGACUUUUGCUACUGGGACUUUCGCAAGUGCUGUACGCAUGGAAAUCUUACGUUUGCGGUUCUGGGGAGCAGGGUCGCAGUGUUUGAUUCUCGGAGCGUGACAUGGGAGUGGCUUGAGGAGGGGUGCUACACAAAGUGCAGACUUGACGAUCGUGCUUUAGUCGUGGAGCUUGAUUUCGCGGCCGUGGCAAAUGUUAACACGCCCAGCAAGGAGAUGAGGGAAGCUUGUGCCAGCAAGUACCGGGGUGCAUGGCUUGCACCACGUUUUUGUUCCUCAUUCUCAGGUAAGUUUCUUCAAUUUUGGAGUU